AUGUAUUCUAGAUAUGUUCCUCCUUCUAAAAAGAAGGUAACGGUACAAGAGCAACUUGUUGAAGCUCCUCCAUCUCCUCUCAAAUCAUUCUCUCCCCCCCCCGCGCCUGCGAUACGACCAGAUGCCUCCUCAUCUUAUGCGCGAUAUAUACCACCUCUUAAGUCGAAGUCAGACCCCAUUGCGCGAUUCGAUGCCCCCAAAUCGGCGCCCGAAUCGCCUUCACCUGCCUCGAAGCGAAAGCGCGAAGAUGCUGUAGAAGCAAGUCCGGAGCCCAUGCUAAAGAAGGCAAAAAAGGAUAAGAAGGAGAAGUCUGUGAAGGUGCCAGUGUCCGCUUCGCCCGUUUUCGAGGACUCGCAUGCCGGUAUUAACUCAGCCGGAGAAGCGGAAGAAGUGACGCAGAAGGACAAGAAAUCAAAUAAAAAGAAGUCGAAGGACGACAAUAUACCCUUCGAGGAGACUACAGGGGAUCAAGAAGAUGUAGACGACAAAAGGCACAAAAAGGUAUUGGAGAAGCGCGAAAAGUCUAUCAAGAAGGCAGAGAGGCGUGCGCGCAAAGCUGCCGAGGAGGGUCUGGAUGUUGAGGAUGCCCAGGAACCAGAGGAGCCAGCGGAAAUCCAUGAUUUGGUUCCACUGCCCCAACCAAAACCCAACCCGGAACUCCCGCCUCCUUCGCUUGAAUCUACUCUCCCUUCAUGGCUUGCUUCGCCCAUUUUAGUCUCACCUACGACUACUGCCCAGUUUUCGGAAGUAGGAGUCGAAGAAGAAGCUGCCAAUGUUCUUCGGUCCAAGAGUUUCAAUGAAGCAUUCGCUGUUCAGGCCGCAGUACUUCCUCUACUUCUUCCUGGAUCUGAGCAGAAACCUGGUGAUGUGUUGGUGUCAGCGGCCACUGGGUCUGGAAAGACUUUGUCAUAUGUUUUGCCCAUGAUACAAGAUAUAAGCCGCAAUACUGUCACUCGUUUACGGGGGUUGAUUGUCAUGCCAACUCGUGAACUUGUAUCUCAAGCUCGUGAGGUAUGUGAGGUAUGUUCUAGCGCGUUCUCUGCUGGUAGCAGGAAACGUGUAAAGAUAGGCACUGCAGUAGGAAAUGAAGCUUUCAAAGUCGAACAAGCAAAUCUUAUGGAAAACACAUAUCAAUAUGACCCAAUACGAUACCACGAGCAAGAAAGGCGAACCAAUUCUAGAUGGGAGUGCUCUGAUGCUGGAACAGAUGAUGAAGGUGAACCUUUGUUAGACGACGAGAUCGUUUCCCCAUUACCUGAUCAUGUCAUCGAGCCGGUAUCGAAAGUUGAUAUUUUAAUCUGUACACCGGGAAGAUUGGUCGAGCACUUAAAAUCCACUCCUGGAUUUACUUUACAAUAUAUCAAAUGGCUUGUUAUAGAUGAAGCAGAUAAACUCCUCGAUCAAAGUUUUCAGCAAUGGUUGAACAUUGUAAUGGACUCUUUAGCGGCAGGACAAAAACACCUUCCAAACAAUAGGGACAGAGUGAGAAAAAUUAUUCUUAGUGCUACGAUGACUAGAGAUAUUGGCCAAUUGACCAGCCUGAAGCUUUAUCGACCAAAAUUGGUGGUGUUAGAAGGUUCAUCUGCAGGUCAUAAUGGACAGUCUUCGCAGGCACAUAGUCUGCCGUCUGGACUUGUUGAAUUUGCUGUUAAGGUGGAUGACGAAAAUCUGAAACCAUUGUAUUUGAUGGAAAUAUUGACCGGAAAUAAUAUGAUAGAUGAGAGCAAGAUUGAAUCCAACUCCGACUCGGAUACUUCAUCUUCAGAUUCUAGCUCAGACGAUGACUCUUCAGAUGACAGUUCCUCCUCGGAUGAGAGCUCAGAAUCUGAUUCUGAUUCUAAAUCACAACUAGAUACAGAAGUGUCCGCAGCUCCAUCACUUAAUUCGAAACCAAAAAAUAAAACGAAGCCUCUACCUCUCAGUCACGACCCUCAUGGUGUACUCAUUUUCACCAAAUCUAACGAAUCCGCCAUCCGUCUCAGCCGUUUGCUUUCCUUAUACCGCGAAUCCUACACCGACAUAAUCGGUACUCUCACCUCCACCACCCGUUCAUCCGACCGCAAAGCCUCCCUUGCCUCGUUCUCUCGUGGCAAACUUCAAAUUCUUGUCGCCUCUGAUCUCGUAUCCCGUGGUCUCGAUCUCCCAGAUCUUGCACACGUCAUCAAUUAUGAUGUUCCUACGAGUAUUACAAAUUAUGUACAUAGAGUAGGUAGGACGGCGAGAGCGGGGAGACAAGGUCAUGCGUGGACAUUGGUUGGGAACAGUGAGGCAAGAUGGUUCUUUAAUGAGAUUGCGAAGAGCGAGGAAAUUGGGAGAAGGGAGGGAGAGAAGGUCAAGAGGGUUGUUGUCGAUGCGAGGAAAUUUGGAGAGUAUAAAAAGGAAAAUUAUGAGGAAGCUUUGGAGGAGCUGGGUAAAGAAGCUAUGGCUAUCAGGGGGAAGAAAUCUGGUUAA